UCGAUGUACCUUCGUGCUUGAAUACGAAUAAACCACCUAUAGACUCUGUAUUUUACAUUUUUCCAGGGAUGAAGAUUAUCUUAAAUUAAACCCGUGUAGAUUAUCGGGUUAAAUUUAUUGAUUGGAUUUAUCCGAGUAGGCCGAAAAGCCGGUUCGAUUUAUCGCGUCCGAAUCAUUUGUAGGUUACCCGUCUUAUGUCGCACUACAGUUAUUUUAGUCCGCUCCUGUUUAUUUCACGGUGAUAGGUUUUUUUUAUUUUUUAUUUAUUUAUUUUUUUUUUUUGUGCGCCCACCCACGGCUGAAAUGUCCUCGAGGAAUUCCGACAGCAUAUUUUCAAAAACCAACAGGAACGACAGGUUCAAGCAGAUGACCAGGCAACAACAGUUGAUAGAAGAGAAGAAGAAGCAGAUACAGGAAAAGUUGGAAGAACAGAAGCGGAGGGAGGCGGAAGAAGCGCUCAAGAAAAUCAGAAGCGACGAUUCCGGAGACGACCCGACCAAAUGGAAAUGUGGUGACAGAUCUGAUGGAGAAAGGCCGCAAAGUCUCAAUAUAUUUUCGAAUGAUGGAAGCUUUCUUGAUCAAUUCAGGAAACUUGCAGGGAAGAAAAUUGGAGUAGACGAUAUUGUGAAAAGUCAUGUUGUUACUUCCACUGACAGAUCGAGAUCUCGUUCCCCUUUAAAAAACGAUGUAGCUUCUUCAUCAGUCUUGACCAGUGUACCGGCCCCAGUUACUUCACAACCCCCGCCUGUACAAAAUGUUUAUAAUGUUCCUCCACCUCUUCCAGGGCAAUUAGUCCCGCAGAACAUACCUCCCCCUUCUCCCAUUUUACCACAGUCCAUACCUCCACCCAGCCCCCUUAAUAUACAGAAUAUACCACCCCCGAGACCAAUGAUACCGCAUUGCAUACCGCCUCCACCUCUGAUGCCGUGUAUGCCGCCACCACCUCCCCCGCCGCCUUGUCCUGUUCCUCCUCCCCUUUUAAAUUUAUCUCAUCCACCGCCCCCUCCUUUACCACGAUUGUGCCAACCUAAUUCGAAUCCUGUAACUUUGGUUCCACCGCCUCCACCCCCGCCUUUACCGCCCAUCUCUUGUCCCUUGAAUUUCAGAAACGUUCCACCACCUCAUAUGAGCAUGCCCCCUCCGAAUUUGAAUCUCAACGUCCCACCUCCUCCUCCCCCACCACCCCCUAUUCCUUUAACACUGGCCUUAAAUAAUGCAGGUGUCCAAUCUCUAGGCAGUUCGCCUUCUCAUGUUAGCCCACAACAAUUCUCCUCCUCCCCUUCUAGCUUCAAUCCGGCCACACCACCUCCUAAACUGUCUCAAAGUGAUCUUUAUUCUCCUGUCCCUCAAGAUGACAAGCCUGGCUCUCCAAUUGAUAAAGCCAAGACAGUUUCAUCGACUGAAGUUCCUGCAGACAUAAUCCAGGAAAACUCUGGGACAUUUCUUCAAGAGAAUCAAAUUAAGCAGGAACCCUCGGAGGCUGUCACCGAGGAAGAAGGAUCAUCGCAAUGUGAAUCAUUUAGUAAUCCCUUGGUUACUUUUUCGAACGCGGAAGGCAAACAGAAUAAAAUCAAAGAAGAACAGUUCCCAAUAAACGAGAUUGAAGUAAAAAAAGAAAUUCAACCUUUGGAAAACGAUUCCGAUUGGGAUGAAAGGCCUAGUUUUAAACUCGAACAGCAAGAGGCUUGCUCAAAACCUCCAGAGCAAACAAGUCUAUUAAACAAUUUACAAAAAUCUGGUGAAAAAGAGAGAAAACGGAAAAGCCGGUGGGGAAACACUGCCGAAGAUGUGAAGCCAGCAGCUGUUAUCUUUCCGAGUACACCUACCAUCUCUGUCACAGGAAUGUCAGGUCAUUUAUUAACAAAAGUCACAAGGUCUGACCCUGGAUUGGUUCAGUAUGCCAUUUCAGCUUAUGGAAGUGCUCAGCUUACAGAGGAAGAUUGGAAAAAGGCCGAAGACAAUUACAAGGUACACCUUUUGUACCAAGAUAUGAUGAACAAGAAAGCCCAGAUAGAAAAGCUCAGAGCUCAAGGGAAAAAUAAGUACGAAUACGAUUCCGAUGAGGAAGUGGAUGGAGGUACUUGGGAACAUAAAUUGCGAGAGAAAGAAAUGAUAGCAACAAAACAAUGGGCUGAGUCGUUAACCGAGAUGGCCAAAGGGAAACAUCAUAUUGGCGAUUUUUUACCACCAGAUGAACUGAAACGGUUCAUGGAUAAGUACAGUGCAGUCAAAGGUGGCCGAGAACCUGAUUUAUCUGAUUAUAAAGAAUUUAAAUUAAAAGAAGACAACAAAGGAUUCCAAAUGCUACAAAAGCUCGGCUGGUCUGAGGGGCAGGGGUUAGGUUUAGACGGAGGAGGAAUCAUAGAUCCCGUUAAUAAAGCAAUUUCAAGAGAUUCCAACCAGGGUUUGGGCUCUGAGAAGCCUGGUGAUAUAUCCUGCGAAGAUGAUGAAUAUGAUGCUUACCGUAAGCGUAUGAUGCUGGCGUAUAGGUUUAGGCCAAACCCUUUGAAUAAUCCCAGAAGGCCUUACUACUAAACUUAAACUGUCAAGUCUCCUCCACUACUUUAUAAAUAAGUAUAUAUAUUAUAAACAUAAGAAAGAUGAUGAAAUGUCUUGUCCAUGUAAUUAUUUUUAAAAAUAAAAGUGACUUAUAUAUUUUAUUUGUGGUUAAAAUAUAUGUUCAAAUU